GCUCUGGGUGGCGGAUAGCCGAGCUCCGAGCUCAAUAGGCGUUUCAGGCGUGACGUAAAACCAAGGGGUCGCCACUCGCUAGCUGCUUUGUCCUUUCUCCCUCUCCUUGAUACUCCAGAGUCCAGCUGGAAGCCAUGGCUGAGAUCCGCACUGACUCUCUUGCGCCUAUCCCAGACGACCUGACGAUCCCCCAGUUUAUAUUAGACUACCACCACCCACUCCGGCCUAUCAGAAAGGACCUCACUCCUUGGCUAAUUGAGGACGCUACGGGGAGACGGAUCAGUUACGAAGAGUUACGCGCCCGAACCUUCGGUUUCGCGAAUGAGCUCAAAGCUCGCUGGAAUAUUUCGGAAAACGACGUCGUCUGUCUACUCAGUCCGAACGACAUUGACUGGCCAGUCAUUCUCUGGGCAGUACACCGCCUCGGCGCUAUCGUAACUCCAGCCAAUCCAGCGUACUCCGCCGAAGAGCUCGCUCACCAGUUGACACUGUCCGAAUCACGUCUCCUCGUCGCUCAUGCCACCAGUCUCGCUGCAGCGCAAGCCGCGGCGCAGAGUGCAGGCAUCCCGCCAGAGCAGAUCAUCGUCCUUGGUUCCAAACCCCCAGGUUCUCCUCAUUCAACCGUGGAAGAGCUUAUCGUGUCGGGUCUGUCCAGGCUGCCUGCCUUUGUUGAGAGGCGGCUGGCACCCGGUGAGGCCAGGAAGAAGCUCGCCUUCUUGUGCUUCUCCAGCGGAACUACUGGGAAGCCGAAGGCUGUCGAAGUUUCCCACUAUUCAAUGCUCGCUAAUAUCAUUCAGAUGAGGCAAUGCAUUGGAAAACCUCCAAGGUAUCAAACGGGGGACGUUAUACUUGGCGUCUUGCCUUUCUUCCAUGUUUUUGGGAUGGUGGUACAAUUGCACUUCCACAUGUUUAUGGGUGCUACCAUCGUUGUCGUCCCAAAGUUCAGCUUCGAGGACUUCUUGGGUAGCAUUCAACGAUACCACGCUAAGCACCUUUUCGUUGUGCCCCCAAUGGUAGUCCUACUGUGCAAGCACCCUGCAACGAAGAAGUACGACCUCAGCACAGUUCAAUGGAUGAUGAGUGGCGCGGCGCCUCUGUCUGCGGAGCUUACAACUCAAGUUAAUAAGAUAAUGCCUCAGUGUCAUACUCUCCAGGGAUAUGGACUGACAGAAACCUUUACUACUGUUGCCCUUUCCCCCAAUGACGUGCUACCGCCUACGCCGGGUUGCGCAGGCGUCUUAAUACCAGGUCUUACAGCUCGGGUCGUCAAGCCUGAUGGCAUGCUAGCUAAGUUUGGUGAACCAGGAGAGCUAGUGGUCACGGGCCCUUCAAUAGCUCUGAGCUACUAUAAGAAUGCACAAGCCACCAAAGAAACCUUCGUCGAUGGAUGGGUUCGCACUGGUGACGAAGUCGUUGUCAAUGAGAAGAAUGAAGUAUUCAUCCUUGAUCGCAUCAAGGAAAUUCUGAAAGUUAAAGGCUUCCAGGUGGCGCCUGCGGAGCUUGAGGGUCAUCUCCUCGAUCAUCCAGAUGUGGCGGAUUGCUGUGUCGUGGGUGUUCCAGACGACUACAGCGGUGAGCUGCCUCUUGCAUUUGUGGCGUUGAGCGAAGCAGCUUUAGAACGCAUUAAAGGCGAGCCAGCUGCUGCUGAGAGGAUCAAAACUGCGCUAAUUAAGCAUGUCGCCGAUGCGAAGGUGGAAUACAAGCGGCUUGCUGGCGGUGUGGAAUUUAUUGACAAGAUUCCGAAAAAUCCGAGCGGUAAGCUGCUCAGGCGGGUUCUCCGCGACGAAGCUCGUUCCAUGCGUAUCAAGCCGCCCGCAAAGGCGAAGCUCUGAGGGACGCGCUCUGGUGGACGCUUCGGGCGGGGCAACCGCCGAUCCCGCAAGAUACACUCUGUACUCUGUAAUUGACCAUACCACCGACGCCCGGAAUGUUAGACUAUUUUUCUCUUU